AUAAAAAAGCAGCUCCUCUUGUUGAGCAAUCUUUCCUUUUGUGCUUCUUACUACAUUAAUAGUGGAGGUUACAGGAGUAGAGGAGGAAAAGUGUAGGCUCAGAAGAAAGGAAAUGGAUAGGAAAUGGAUUGUCUCUUUGAAGGAGCUGAAGAAAAUAGGGUGCAUAGCAGCUCCUAUGGUUGCAGUCACGGUGUUGCAGCAUCUUUUGCAAGUUGUGUCCAUUAUGAUGGUUGGACAUCUCGGUGAACUUUCACUCUCCGGAGUCUCCAUAGCCACUUCUUUCACUAUUGUCACCGGCUUCUGUUUUCUGUUUGGGAUGUCUGGUGCAUUGGAAACUCUAUGCGGACAAGCUUAUGGAGCAGAGCAAUAUCAGAGCCUUGGAACUUAUACUUACUGCGCCAUCAUCAAUCUUGUUCUUGUCUGUUUUCCCAUAUCUGUGCUUUGGGUUUUCACUGAUAAGAUACUCAUCCUUGUUGGCCAAGACCAUUCAAUCUCACAUGUAGCCCACAGAUACGCACUUUUCCUCAUCCCAGCCCUAUUCGGAUACGCUAUACUUCAAGCAAUGGUUCGAUAUUUUCAGACCCAAAGUUUGAUUCUUCCGAUGUUGUUUACUUCACUUGUAGCUUUGUGUUUUCACGUACCCUUCUGCUGGACACUAGUGUUUAAGUUGGGAUUGGGUACCAUUGGAGCAGCAAUAUCAAUCGCUUUAUCUACUUGGUUGAAUGUCAUAUUGCUUGGGUUUUACAUGAAAUAUUCCUCAAAAUGUGAUAAAACUCGUUCUGCAUUGUCGAUCAAAGAUGUUAUCAAGAGCAGCAGGGUCUUUUUCCGAUUUGCUGUUCCUUCAGCUGCAAUGGUUUGUCUUGAAUGGUGGGCGUCUGAGGUUCUAAUAUUUCUGUCUGGACUACUACCAAAUCCAAAACUGGAGACUUCUGUGCUUUCCAUAUGCUUUUCAUUUACUUAUUUGCACUAUUUCAUUCCUUAUGGAAUUGGAGCAAUCGGAAGCACGCGAGUUGCAAAUGAGUUGGGAGCAGGUAACCCAGAAGCAGCCAAAUUGAGUGUGUUGGUAGUAACAGUUAUUGCAGUGGUGGAGGCAGUUAUUGUAAGCACAACUCUCUUCUUUUGCCGCCACGUUUUGGAAUAUGCAUUCAGCAGUAAGAAAGAAGUUGUGAAUCGUGUGGCAGAUAUGGUUCCCAUCAUGUCUGUUGCAGUCAUUACGGACUGCUUGCAAGCUGUGCUUUCGGGAGUUGCUAGAGGAUGUGGGUGGCAGAACACUGCAGCCUUUGUGAAUCUUGGGGCGUAUUACCUGUUUGGAGCCCCACUAGCAGCCGUGUUGGCAUUUGUUCUGCAUUUCAAAGCGAAGGGCCUUUUGAUUGGACUCACAUCUGGGGUUGCAUUACAAGUAAUUGUAUUUGGCCUCAUAACAAUCUUCACAAACUGGCAAAAGCAGGCAUCAAGAGCUAGGAAAAGGAUGCUUGAGGAAGAUGCAAACAAGGAGACUGAAGUGACAGGUGGAAGCACAUUGAUUUGAGUGGGAGCAAUUGCUGCGUCUGAUCAAAUAUUGGAAAAUCACUUACUCCCUCUCUCUUGUCCCACAAUUGUGUAUUAGAUUUCCACAGUUCAAAGAGAAAAACUGUUAUCUCAAAUUUCAUCA